AAACCUUAUAAGAAAGGGAUUAUUAGGCAUAUACAAAUAUUUUAAUAAGUAGAUACUUAUAUAUUUAUCUAAAUAUAUAAAUAAAUAUAUAUAAGUACAGAAGAGGAUGCAGGUAUCCAUAAAUAACCUUGAUGCCAAAGUAGAUAAUAAUAACCAAAUUUUUCUUCAACCACAAGAGACUAAAGUGAAUGAGAAUAAUAAUGUUGUGCCAUCUCAACUAAAUGGCCUCGCAUCCGAUGAUUCUUAUAACUACUUAACUAUUCCCUAUGUUCUAAAUAUUCAACAGGAAGAUAAUCUUUCAAUAGACAUUAUCAAGUUAUAUCAAGAACUAUUGCCAACUAAAGAGAGUCAUGAUAGACGUGUUAAAUUUGUUGAUUUAAUGGAACGUUUAUUAAAUAAUGAAUGGCCAGAUCAUGAUAUUAAAGCUAAUGUGUUUGGUUCUUCAGUAAAUGAUCUCGGUACAAGUACAUCUGACGUUGAUCUAUGCAUUACAACGCCUUGGAAUGGUCUACGUAACAUUAGAAUACUGGCAAAAUUAUUUCGAAGAUGUGGAAUGCAGCAUGUCGUUUGUGUUCCUCGAGCAAAAGUACCUAUAGUUCGUUUAUUUGAUCCAGAGUUGCAACUUUCGUGUGACAUUAAUGUAAAUAAUACACUGGCACUACAAAAUACAAAAAUGAUCAAAACGUAUGUUGCAUUGGAUCCGCGUGUAAGACCAUUGAUGAUGACAAUAAAACAUUGGACAAAACAACGGGUAUUAAAUGAUGCAGCCAAUGGAGGUACAUUAUCAUCAUAUACUUGGACUUGCAUGAUUAUUAAUUUCUUACAGCAACGAGAACCACCUAUCCUUCCUGUACUACAUUUAAUUGAAAAUGAGAAUAAGAAGGAUGAUUAUUUUUAUGACGAUGUGGAUAAAUUGAAAGGAUUUGGAUCAAAAAAUCAUGAAAGUUUAGGUGGAUUAAUGUUUGCAUUCUUUCGUCGAUUUGCUAUAGAAUUUGAUUAUAAUACACAAGUAGUCUCAGUUAGACAAGGACGUUAUUUAACAAAACAAGAGAAAGGAUGGGAUACAGGUCGAAAUAAGUUUAGUUUAUGUGUAGAGGAGCCAUUUAACGUGAGUCGUAAUUUGGGGAAUUCAGCAGAUAUUACUUCUGUACGAGGUUUACGUAAUGAAUUUCAACGAUUUUUAGAUUUAUUAUUAGCUGGAGAAAGUUUAGCAACCAUCCUUACACCUUAUCAACCUUUACUUUUUAAUAAAACCAUCAAUCCUAACUCUUCUUUUACCACCGCUACUUCUGAAAUACCCUCCAACAACAACAGCAACAAUGUCCUUUCAUUAACUUUACCUAAUGAUACUCGAAAUUCUUCAUUAUUUUUACCAUUACAUCCUUUUUCCAACUAUAACAAUUUAUCAAUGGCAGCAGCACAUCCAUAUGAUCGACGAAGGAGUAUGGUGGAUGGUAUCUAUUCUUAUCCUUCAUCCAUGUUGUCUGAUUCAUAUUCAACCCUGAAUCCCCACCAUAUACACCCUCUUCAUAAUAUAUCAUCAUCAAACACAUUUCAUCCUCGAUUUAGUUCACCACAAGUUUUGGAUUCAAUUCUUAAAGGUCGAAAUUCUAGACAUGGAAGCCAUCCAUUAUCCCCUGUUCCAUCUACGUUAUUAUCUAUGCUAAAUAUAAAAGCAAAUUAUGGUACAGAUCAGUCUGUAGAUAAGAUUUUCGCAAGAUAUCAUAAAACGCGAUCCUCUCCUCAACCAUCAGAAACAAAAUCGUACAAUAAAAGAACACAAAAUGGUUAUCGAUAUAAUAAAGGAGGAUUAAAUCAUCAUCAUGAACAACAACGGAAACCAAAGCAUCGAUUGAGUACUGCAGAAUGGCCAACUAUUUCUACUAGUACAUCAACGCCUAACAGUAGUAGUGAUAGUGUUAAGUUGUUGACAUUAGAUAAGAAUUCUAAAGCAUCAUAUUCAGCUGAGCAACCACAGCGUUCGAGACGAUGGUCAACAAUUAAAAAACCACAGUUACCAGAACAAACGCCUACUACUACUGCUACUACUACUACUGUUACACCUGAAGUGUCUAAAAAGCGAACAUUGGCUGAAAUCGUAAAAAUCCAUACACCAUCGUCACCGCCACCACCACCACCAUCAUCAUCAUCAUCAUCAGCACCACCACCACGAACUGUUUCAACUAGUACAUCAAUGACAAGUAACAAAAGUCGAAAUAAUAGAAAAUUAAAAAAUAAUACUAAUAAUGGUAGUCAUAAACCAUCUAAUAAUAGACGAAAAAAGAAACCUUCUUCUAAAUCAAAUACUUAGAUUGUACAUAAAAAGAAAAAAAAAAUUAUUUUAUUUUAUUUUUAUAUAAUUAUGCAUAUAAAAUAACAAGC